GUUGCGAGGAUGCCGCGGUCCUACGGGAUCCCGAUUUAGCUCCGUCGAUCGGUGCGCGCGAUAACCACGAGCGGACACGAAGGGUGACGGGGGGCGCACUGCGAUCCUAAUGCAAUUCCGAAGAGAACUCGUUUCCGUCGCAGAAGAGAGAUCUCCCACACGUUAGCAGCCAGUUGUGCGGGAGUUGCGACACGCGAAGAACGCUUGGGAGUGUGUCGACAUGCGAAGAAUGCGCGACAGCACGCACGGCAGAUUGUCGUUAAGGCGAUAAGCACUGUAAGAUAAACGCUUGCCUUCCUCGAUCGAGAUCGAAACUGUUUCCUUGUCUGUUGCCUGUAUCUCUGCUGUCUAUCUAUCUCCCUCUUUUUUUCUCUGUCUCUCUCCCUCUCCCACAACCCGCCCCUCUCUAGCCGUGGGAGCGUCCCGCAUGCUUUUUUUUUUUUGUAAAAGCACUAUACUGUCAUUCAAUAUGUUCGUUGCUUAUCACUUUUAUUUUAACAAUAUGAGUUAUUCAAUAAUUUAUUACAUGUUCUAUAAGUUCUUAUUAUAUUAUACAGCAAAGCUGCUUUACAGCUUUAUAUAUUUUAUUUAUGUAUUUUAUAUGUAUUGUAUUAUUAUAUUAUUAUAUUAAUCAACAACUAAAGAAUUCAUUGUUCAUGCAUGUUACUAAGUGAUAUUUAGAAAUUUUUGAAUGAUUAUCCAGCAAAUUUGAACUUUAUAGAUGCAAAUUCUUCUCUUUGCUAUGUACACAACAAGAAAAAGUUACUAAUUAACUAUAUUCUCAGUAUUUACAUGUUUGUAAUUAUAAUAGUAUCAGUAAUAAUAUGCCUUUUUCUAUUAAUAUCGAGUAAAGUAAAAUAUUUAUGCAGGAAAUCAAUUAUAAUGUUCAACAACAAAAUGUACAGGUAAAUGUACAGGUUGAAAAUAUUGAAUAUUAUUAUCAAUUUUUUAAUCAUUAUACUAUUACCGCCAUGGACAUUUUGUUACAUUGUAAACAGAAAUUUACUUUUAGAAUUCACUGUAAUAAUAGGUAUAACAUGACCUAAGCAAGAUACACGCAUCACGAGUUUUCUUACUUCACUGUUUGAGCCAUUGCAAAAUAAGGAUUCAUCAAAGAAUUUAUGCCAUAAGGAAACUACAGGAGAAGAUAUCAUUAUGGAUACAACUUCUAUAUAUGAGGCUAGUAAAGGUAGAAAGGAGUGUUUAAAAAAUCAACAGCUGGAAGAUACUGUAGUAAAUGAUAAUAACACGAUCGAAGAAGACUUUCCAUGGCUACCUAAAUUCAGUAAAGUUAUACGUUCGUCCAUAGGAAGUAGAAAUUAUCAACAUCUCGAACGGUCGCUUUUACUCUACACACAGAAUAUUACUUCUAGCAUGACAGCGAGCAAUGUCAAGUCCAGUGACAUAAUUAAUAUUAAGAACCAUAUUAAUAACAUGUUAAUAUUCUUUCACUUGUACUGGCUCGAUAUAAAACAGGACAUAACUAAUAAUUCAUAUUUGAAUAGAAUGUCUGCUUUGUUGAGUAUGUAUAUAGACCUAGAAUUGAAAACUUCAACAGAUAAAAGAUGUUCCAAUUACGUUAAAGAUUCCUCUAAAAUUGCUGCAAAGAUUCUUGCAGCAUUGUAUAUAUACUUAAAUAACUCGGAAGAGCAUAUUUUCAGGGUAUUACUUAGAAUUAAACACGCUACAGACAGAUAUGUGAAAAUUUGUGAUCAUCUGUUCAUGAAGAGUUUCACUAAUCUCACAACAAAGAUGACAUCUAUGACCGAUGUAGCUUAUGUUAGAUAUUUACUCGCCUUCAAAAUGUGGAAGAAAAUGGCAGAAGAUUACGACAGGAAAGGAAGAAUUAACAAGUUAGCUGUAAUGUUGCUAGGGUUGCGCAUGCCGAAAUUGCGAGAUGAAUUGUUAGAAUUUGUGCCCAGACCCGCGGAUCAAGACAAUGAAACAUUGUGGUUAUUGCAAUCAAAUCUAUUCGAUUUAAAGCAGAGUCAUAAACAUUUUCUGCUAUUUGAAGACAAUAUGGAUAACUCUACGGAUUUACAAUCUAUUAAAACGAUUAAUCCUGAUCAGAGUUGUUCAGUGCCUCAGAAGAACCAAGUAAAUCCACUAUCUUGUCAGAGCAAUUCAAAUGGAGAUGCAUCUAAUCAUGAAGUGAACAAAGACCAUUCAGGUGCUUUGCAAAACCGUAAUGUCAUACCAGACAUUGAUGGCAAUAAGUCUAUGGAUCGAACUUACUUACAAAAGAAGGGAGCAAAAAGUCUCAAAUCACUCAAGAAAACGAGAAAAAAACCCAAGAAAACUAUAAUUAUCGAUUUAACUGGAGAUGAUGAGAUAAGUGUUCCUUAUAAAGUAAAACGAAAGAAAACUAAACAAAAAUUGGAAUAUUCGAAAAUCAUGAAAAAGAAACAUAAAUUGCAAAAACAUAUCAACAAAGAUUCGAGCCGACUUAUGGAUGCCGAUACUCAAACAUGCUCUAAUAAUAUCAACAAAAGCUCCAACGACAAAGUUCGUUUAGAGUGCAAUCCUACUUUUGACAACAAAGUUAGCGAUAGUACACAAGGUUGCGCUUCAACCAAUAGCAAAUCUUCAUUAAACUGCAUCACACCAAUGCCAGACAUCAACUGCAUUAACUUUCAGAAAAAUGAACAUACAAGUAUAACAAAGAGUCCAAUAAGCAAUUCCGUCUCGGAAUUUGUGAAAGAGAACGAAAUGCAACACGAUUAUAACUUGUACUACUCGAAAAUGUCGAAACUUGUUGAUCAAAAUAUUAAGGAGUUUAAAGUUACAGCAGACUUGUUGCGGGAAAAUAAGAUGGAGAAUUAUCUGCUGUCACAAGUGACUGGAAAUGAUUCGUACAACAAUUCGAUAAUGCAGGGUAAAGAAGCAUUAACUUCUCAGGAAGACAGUGCCAUGGAGACAAUGCCUUUAUUCAAAACGUGCCAAAGCAGUAUCGCAGAUCAGCUUUCUUUUAAACAGGAGUUACCGACAAGCACGAAUUGUAGCGCAAUGCAAAAAUCGCACAAGUGUUGCAAUUCAGUGCCGGUUGACAUGAACGACAUUAAGCAUCUGAUAAAGAAAUUGAAGUCCAUAAAUGAUCAUAGUUCGCAAAUUACGGAGAUUAUAAAACAAAAAGUAUGUCAUCAAGUCAAUGAGUGUCCAAACUGUUGUACAAAAAUUGAUUGUAAGCCAUUUAUAUUUGCUAAUAACGACAUGAUCGCGGCGAAGGCACAAGACGCCUUGCAUACUACGUUCAACCAGGAUGGAAACGACGUCAAAUCAGCCUGCGACACAAAUAUAAUUUACUUCUCGAACAAUAUCCAAAGUGAGACUCUGGAAGAUAUUUUCCGACAAUCUUCCGCGAUGUCGCUCAUCAAUUACGACAAUACAACUGGUGUACCGACGAAGAGGCCGUUCGUGUGCACCGACAACGAUGUCAUCGCGAUGAAGACACACAACGCUUUACACGAUAUCUUCAACGAUAACGAAAACGAUAUUAAAUCGACCUGCGAUCUGAAUGCGAUCUACAUGUUAAACGACCACGACAAAUGCGUUUACGCUAUGAAUCAAACCGGCGAAUCGGCUGCAACUAUGGACGGCGAAAAGCGAGUGCAAUGUCUAGAUAAUUCCAACGACAUGUGCAUCGUCUCGACUACGUUCAUCGAAGACCAGAUAGUGGGAUCGUUAUUGGACAGCCAGCAUGUUAAUUUUGAGACUAUGAAACCGAGUGAUUACGGAAAUGAUCCAAAGUAUUCUGAGGCUACGAUGAGGGAGGAACAAGGAGGAAGCAAUUGCGAUACUUCGAUGUCGAAUGAUCGGUUACAUUCCACCGAGCCUUGUGCAUUCGACAUAAGUUCUUUUGACAUUGAUUCAAAAGAAGCCAACGAGAUAAUGAAAACUGACUGUAUAGAUGAAUUGGAAAACAUCAGUUUUCUGCAUAACAUCGAAAGUCUGGAGGAAACUUUGGACGAUGUUCUCCGUCAGCCCUCACUGAUGUCCCAAAUGAAUUGCGACAAUUUAAAUGGUGAAUCGAAAGAUUUGAAAGAAAAUAUGUUUUCGGAUGACAUCACCGACUUUCUGUCAUUGAAACAGCCCCCGUUCGAAUUGGACAAUGUGUAUUGCAACGUGUUGUCGGACGUUCCUGGCUUUAAAGAUGACCAAGAACUCCAACCACCUGCGCAACAUGAAUUCUUCUUCGCGGAUGGCGAUCGGAAAGCUACUUCACCCAAGCAAUUCGAAAAGGUAUCCUGGGCGCCAAGUACUUCUUGGUAUCAGCCAAGUUGCUCUUGGUGCUUGGUAUAAUUUUCGAUUUCCGAUAUUCGAGAGAAUAAGAUGCUCGAUUACGACUCAAGCGCACGUUGACUAAACUCUCGCGGCUUCUCUGCCUUCUCGCGACCAGGAUUCGGCAUAUUUGGUCCCGCGUCUCGCUGGCAAUCUUAAAACCACAUUGUACCGGCAAAAAUCUCUGCAGUAACGGAUCCACAUCAUGUACAGGAAGCGAGAGCCUUCACGCUUCUUCUCUUUCUAUCUUUCUCGCUCACAGUUGCUCCUGAAUCGCCUGAAUCCUCGUCUCCGCUUCGGCCAUCCUUGCGCUCCGAACGCAGUACAAAUGCAGAAGACAUGAUAAAAAGAUAAAAAUAAAAAGAUACGAAAGCUACAUUCUCGCCGUUGCAUUGUCUGCGGCUUCUCUCGGGACUUCUCAAGCUCAAGAUCGUCGGCAAAUCUUAUAAAUGUCGCGACAAGUAAUAUUGGAUACCCAGCUUACCGGAGCCAGGGUCGAGAAUCUUGUGACGAACACGACAAAUACUUUCAUCACAUACACUAUAUACGCAGAUACAUAUAUUUUUAAAUGAGAGCGACAUUCUACACAAUAAUCAAAACGAUACUAUUGGUAGUAGUAUAGACCCCGGUGGCCUUCCAAUUAAAUAUCGACUACAUCCUUUUGUGAUUACCAGCGAAGUUCGAUAAAUCUACGUCGGUUUCAAGGAGCCGUGCAAUUUCGGUACUCUUCCUGAUAAGUUAAAAAAAUAAAAGUAACGAUGCCUUAACCCAAGCGUUCUUAUGUUUGCGAAAAAGAUAUUGAAGGCUUUCAUAUCCUGAGACAUAGGCAGAAUCAAUCGUUGAAUGGAUCUUGCACUUCCGAGGAUAUUCCAUCAAAUUUGCUAACAAAUUAUCGCAAAGAAAGAUUCUGCGCCAACGUAUUACGUGAAAUAUAUAUAUAUAUAUAUUUUUUUUUUGCCCUUGAAUGAUGCCUUGAUGGCCUUUCAAUGAAGCCUCUAAAAAGGAAAAGAAUAAUUUAAAGCAUCGAGAUCGUAGAUCUUUAAAUAUCACUGGGAAACACACAUGCUAUGAAGUAUAAGCAAUCUAUUGAAAAUACAUCCAAGAAGAAAAGAUCUAUAGCAACAGUUUCGACAAAGCACUUUAAUGUUUUCGAAAGAGAUCAUCUGGAAAAAUCUCGAGUCUUGAAAGAGGGAAUCUAGUCGAUUUUCUAAGGAAUUUUAUACUUCUCCAAAUGUACUCAUCCAGACCUGCCAACAAGCUUAAUAUCAUAAAGAAGAUAUACUCUGCUUGAACAUCACCCAAGUAUAAGAUAUAAACUUACGUCUUUGAACGAUCUUAAUGGAAAUCUAAAUAAGCCCAAAACACGAUAAGAUUAACUGAAACCAUAGGCCAUAAGUUAAUAAAUAUCAUUAAGAAGUAGACUGUCAGAUGUACUCAACUAUCGCCUAUCGAAGAUACACCUCAGAAGAAAAAGGAUCACAUCUAUAGUUUUGCUUCUUUUAGAAGCUAACAGAGUUGUUUAUUCUCUGAACCAUCAUGGUGUUCAAAAAGAGCUUUUACUUACUACGAUGAAAGGUAAUGUAAUAUCUAAAAAUGUAUAUUUUGAUAUUAUAUUUUAAAAUAUUUAAGAAUUGCUAUAAAUGUAUCAUGAAGACUGUACACGUCAAGAUGUAACAUCAGUGAAGAUUAUGCAAAUCAUCUUUGUAUUAUAAUGCAAUUUUAGAGAAGUCUUUUUAUUUAUUAAUUAUUAAUAUAUAUUUAAUAAAUUAAGCUAAGAGAAAAUUGCACUACAUAGUACAAACAUAAUACAUAUCAAAGAUUAAAUUGAAUAUAAGACUGUGAUUAUAUAUGUGAUAUUUGAGAUACAGUUUUGUGCUAUAUAUAAAUGUAAAAUAUAUAUUUUUGCUAUAUUUUAUCUUAAUGUUGCAAUUUAAAAAAAAACUAUAUAAAAAAUAAGCAGUUGAUGUUAAGCAUUGCACUUUCUACAGAAAAUAAUAUUCGAUUAAUACAUAGAGUUAUUAUUUUCCGAUGCUUAAAACAUAAUAUUAAUAUACAACCUCACAGUAAUAUUAUCUUGUUAUUAGUGUAAUAUUAUAUAAAAGAAAGUGUAUUACGUGUAAAAUUCAAAUCAUCUGCUCGAAGAUAAUUAAGAAAAACAAAAUCUCAUAGUUUAUAUGUAGAGGAACGAGAAUAAUAAAACGUGAAUAAUAGUUGCGCGAUUAUCGCUUAUGAUCCUGAAGAAGUCGUCAAUUUUUAACUAUUUACUGAAUUUAGUAAAUAACUAUUUACUAUGAUGCACACUAAGUCUCGUAACUUGAUGGCGAUUAGUCGAAAUCUCUGAGCGUAUGAUAUAGAAACUCUAUUAUCAUCCGAACAGCUCCCAAGUUAUCAAUACAGUAAAAUACAGUUUCCUUCGAAACGUCAACAAGAUUGUUACAACGCGUGUAAUUAUUCAGCUGAUGAGAUCAGAAGUCUGUGCGGACAUAGCUUCUUUGAGUUAUGCUUCGUUACAUUUCCACACGAUUAAGAAGUAUUUCUGACAGAUUUUUUCUUUUUAAGUAUAUGCGUUAAGUCAUACAGUUGCGUUUUAAUGUCACAUAAUUGUAAAUAACGCAAAUGAAGUACGCUUUGAAAAGGUAAAGGUAUACGAAAUACUUUAGCAAUUUCAUCUCCACACUGGUAAAAGUUAUAUUUCUGGGGAACUGUUAUAUUACGAAAGUAGAUUUAAUAGGGAUAAUCACAGUAAAAAAUUUUACCAUACAUUAUCAUAGUUAAGAGAAAAUAGAAUAUUUUAUUUUAAUUUUAGAUAAGACAAGACACAAUUAGUGGUUAUUACACUAACUAUUGACGCUAAUAUACUCUGCAUAUAUACCACAAUAUAUACCGAACAACUCGGGCAACUCACGGUUUUACAGAACUAGCUACAGAUAGUUUCAUAUAUUAUGUGUAACUAGUGUACACCAUCUCCCGCGCUUUUCUUUGGUAGCUCUAAUUUAAGCAUUAGCCAGGAAAUAUAUAGCAGCAGAUAAAACUGAAUUGCUGAGUAUUCUGCCCACUUUAUUGUGUGCGAUUAUUGCUAUUUGGCAAUAAAGGCAUUUACUCUUAUGUAAUUUAUUUUUACUGCACUUUAUUCUAAUGUAUAAGAAUCUUAGCCAAAUCGUGUAUUUUAGUAUAUGUACAAUGUUUACUUUAGCUAUCAUAAAAUAUCCCAUUUUAAUUUGAUAACAUGACAUGGGACAAUUCUAUUUUAUUUUUAUUUAUUGUGUCUAGUCGAUGAAGUUGAUGAGGUUUUUUCUUUUUUUUUUUUUAUACAAAGAUUAAUCCUGUGACAUUUUUUAUUGACUUGUGCUUAGUUCGCUGUAUAUUCAUCUAUCAAGAUAUCUAAUUGUAGACUGAUUUUAUGUGAUACCUCACCGUAUUUUUUACAAGUAGAUAGAAAUCCCGCUGACAUGUAAUGUUAGUAUUGUUCUUCUAGUAUUAAAUAAUAUUUUAGAGUUCGGCGAUACUUGCGUAAACCAUUUCAGAUUAUAACGUGGCGAGUAAAGAAAUUGUGAGGAAUGUACGCGCGAUAGACUGAAACCGGACUGAUUUCUCGUCAGCAAGAGCGCAAUUCGCUAAAACAGGUUUCUAAAAUGUGGCGGGAAUUAUGCUCUCUCUCCAUCCAAUAAUUUAUAUAUGGAAACAUGAAGUAGUUAUCACAGCAGUUAUCAAUAUAGGUCACAGUCUAGAGCAAUUCAGACAUAACUUUCUAAAUCAUUUUACGUUUCCGCACAGCAGUUUCCGCAGAUAGUUUAUAGCAAAAUUUCUUUAAUAUUUUAGAGACCCGCGCUUUAUCGAGUUAAAUUAUAUUGAGAUAAACACAGUUUUAACAAUGAAAAGCAAUUGACACAACUUGCAACAAUUGCGCUAAUUUCUCGCUCUUGACGUCAUAACGUAAGAUGAUUGACGUAGGUAUAGUCAAAAAAUACAAGUCACAUUCCUUUUUAUUUUUAGAUAGUAAUUUUUACAAAGUGAAAAGACAUUGUAUCAUGUUUGAUAUAUUACAACUGUAAGGAUGACUUUUUUCUUCUUAUGUUAAGUUAUUUGAACGUUUAAGAUACAUUGAGUACAAAUAUGUCUUAGGAUUUCAUGUUUCUGGCGAAGUUAAAAAGAAAAAUGUCUUUGUAAAUGUUUGCGAAAUAGAUACGAGUCAUUUCAAAUCGCGUCAUCGUGAAUGUACGUAUGUGUGCGUGCGCGUAUAAGUUGCACAGGAAAAGAUUUUAUAUUACCAAAGUUGCAUAUUACAAGAGUAUAUACAAGACAGAGCAACUGUAAAUUCGAGCAUAUGCUUCGUCUAAGUGGAACGUGCAUGAGAAUUUGCAGUCAUCCUAUAGAAUAUAAAUGAUAUUUUAUAUUUAUCGUAACACAAUAUUGUGCUCCACCUUUAAAUAUGAUUCACUUUAUAUUUUAAAAGAAGUAACAUAGUAUAGAACUUACACAAAAGAACUGCAUAGUUUAAAGUUUAUAUCCCCAGUAGAUAGUAAAUAAAUGAAAUACGUUUCCCCUAGAACAGAAUUUAUUUGGGAUAUUUUUAUUAGCUUCGUGCGAAUAGACACAAUGCCCCCUGAUGAGUGUAACUCCCAAAAAUUGCAGUCGAAUAUAUACUUCGAUAUAGUGUGUGCAGAGCUAAAUAAAAUUACACAUAAUAAGUAAUAAGUAAACAUCAACCUUCACACAAGCAAUACUGCUUUGCCAUAGGAUCAAUGUUAUCUUACAUAGUAAUGAUUUCAUUUAUUCUCGGGGAUGGUAUAAUGGAAGCUUUAAAACUGUUUCUCUUUAUUGCGUUAUAUCGUACAUAUUUUUGUUGAAUGUACAUGUCAUCCGUUGAAGAUGUAAACCUAGUGUUCUAUUCUUCUUUUUGCGAAUUUAAUAGUAAUAAAAUGUUAUCUUUUUGUAUUCUCUCACUCUUUAGAUCUAGGAUCACAUAAAACUGCACUUUUUUUUAAAACGCCAUUCAAUAGAAAGUGUACAUAUACUGCAUUUAUAUAUAUAUAUAUACAUAUAUAUAUAUAUAUAUAUAUAUAUAUAUAUUGCGCAAAGAAUUUUUAUCGAAUCUGUUAAAAGGGAAAUCAAGUUAUAUGUGGGAGAGAUCGGUGAUAUAAUGUGAACCCGCACGGAAUUAUCUAUCGAAUUAUACAAGAGUUACAUUUGUAAAGUAUCAAUGAAAAAAAUUGAAAGCUGAAUAUGUUCCGAUCGACCUUUCCACACGUUUUCAACACAUAUAUUCGUUCAUUUGCCACCUAUACCACGUAAAACGUACUAAAAUAUCUAGUUAGAUUAAUAAAGAUGCAGAGCGAAUGCUUUAAGUGAAUAAUUUAAUAUAGUUUUAAGUUUGAUCGAUUUCAGAUCUUCACGAAACACUAAUAUAUCUCUCACGUGAAGUUGUUCAUAAAUCCUCAUGUAAGUUCAACAAUUGUAGAUCUGCGUAUAUUAUUGAUCAAUUUUCUCGUACAAUAUUGGUUGCGUUCUGCGUGUAAAAAUAUUGUAUUAUCAUAAGUUAAUCCACGAUGUACAACAAUGCAGAGACUGAAAAAGAGAAUAAAAGUUCAAUUUUUAAUA